AUGGACGUAUUUGCCACUCGAGUGCGUACUUUGAGCAAAACAUGUGUUUUUGGUGAACAAACAGACGAAGGUAUUCGUGAUCGAGCAACUGAUAAAUGUGUUUCAAAAGAACUUCGCCGUCGUUUACUUCGCGAACCUGACAUCGACCUCUCGAAGCUAUUGACAAUUUCCCGCGCAUUUGAACAGUCUCAUUUUCAAGCUCAAGAAAUGGAACAGCCCUUUACGCAACCUAGCGAUUCCAUCAAUGCCAUUCGACCUAGGUACAACACAGAGAACUCCGAUGGUUCUCGCCGUGAAACUCCAAGCCACAUUAAUAAUACUGGAGCUAGUCGAGGAGCUAGUAAUUCGUCACCAUACAAUCAAUCAAAACAAGAGUUUGCAAGAUGGCUUUCUCAGCCUUGUUAUUGUUGUGGCAACACGGGCCAUCGUGCAAAAGAUGUUCGAUGCCCUGCAAAUGAAAAACAUGUAGAAGUUGCAACAAAGUUGGUCAUUUUGCCUCGGUAUGGUCGGAGUCGGCCAAAGCCAGCUAACUAUACAUCACCACCUCAAAAUCAGGCUCUCCAGGUGAGUGAACAAAACAAUGUUACUUCCUAUUCAGAUGAUGAUGAAUGCAUUUUUCGUGUACAACAAUUUCCAAAUUUACCUACUACUAACAUUAAUGUUGACGGGUUGUCAGUGCCUGUCGUUAUUGAUUCUGGUGCAACCGUAAACAUUGCGGAUAUUGACACAUAUUAUAAGUUACGUACACUUAGAAAAGUUGAAAUUAUGCCCUCUAACAUUCGGUUGUUUACAUAUGGUUCAACAAUUCCAUUGAACAUCUUGGGGACAAUAACUGUCAAAGUUGAACGCAAUGGAAAGCAAAUUCUUGCCCAGUUUGUAGUGGUCAACAACCGAGGAACGGGGUGCCUUUUGGGUCAUAAAUCUGCUACAGAACUAGACCUUCUGCAUGUUGGCAACUCGGUUUCCAUACAGUCUGAAGAAAUUUCUGCUAAAUUUCCAAAAGUCUUUGAAGGUGUGGGCAAACUAGAGGAUUUUCAACAAACCAUCCAUGUUGAUCCCAAAAUUCAUCCUGUUGCCCAAGCUCCCCGCCGUGUCCCAUUUCAUGUUCGUCGCAAAGUAGAAGCCAAACUAGACGAGCUACAGCGCUUAGAUAUCAUUGAACCACUCACUGGGCCAACACCAUGGGUGUCCCCCUUGGUUGUAGUGCCCAAGCCAAAUGGGGAGGUCCGCAUCUGUGUAGAUAUGCGUCGAGUCAACACAGCAGUGAUCAGAGAAAGGUACCCAAUUCCCACUGUAGAGGAGAUUUUACAGGAUUUAACUGAUGCAUGUGUCUUCUCAAAACUCGACUUAAGAUGGGGGUACCAUCAGAUUGAACUUGACGAACAAUCAAGGCAUUAUACAACAUUUCUACACACACCUGUCUCUAUCGCUACAAGCGCCUUAUGUUUGGUGUUUCUGCGGCACCAGAAAUAUACCAACAUGUGA